GAUUUUUUACUUCGCUUAGGAUAAUAUAGAUUAGAGAGGCUUGAAAAGACAAAGAACAAAAAAACAAAAAUUCAUUAUUGAGUUUGAAUUACACAAACCAGAGUCGACUUUUUUUAUCGUAGGGUAGAGGAGAACAGGUUAGAGUAUCACGAGUUCAAUUGCGACAAGUGAAAAACACGAGUCGAAAGCUAUGUCCGGCCGAUUUUACGCACAUGCUUUACCGACCAAAGAGAGAACUCACGAGAAUAGAACUUGUCCCAGAUCUUUAGUUCUCAGAGCGUAAGAAACAAAAUGGGUGGAUCUGAAGUUUCAAGAUCAGAGGAGAAGAGCGGUCUAGGUUUGGUUAAACUGUUCGAAAAUAAUGUCGUAUUUUCAGGAUUUUUGGUCUGGAUGAAUCAAACCAUUCAAGAGCCUCUCAAGGCUGAGUUCAAGAGAUUAAGGAAUGUUAAAGAGCUAAGCUUGAUUAAGUCAGUGUCAGAGAUAGAGACUACUUAUGAGAAGCAUAGAGAUGAGGAGAAGUUAGAGAAGCAACUACAAGCUUGGAGAGAUAACCCUUCAUGGAUCGAUCAACCUCCUAAAGUGGUGGUGAAAUCACAAAAUGGUUUGUUUUGCCAUUUGAACAUUGAAGUAGACGUAGGAUUGCCUCCUGAAUCAGUGUACAACAUUUUCACUCAUCCAGACAACAAAAAAUACUUCAAAAACAUCAAGGAAAACAUAUCGAUCAUUUUUUCUCGACCCACCUCCGGCACAAAACAGCACACCACCUAUUAAUUUAUCAUCAACACAUUCUGAACAGGUUUCCACCAGGAGACCCUUGAGCCAGGGGUGAUAUGGUGCAUUGGGGAAUAUGGUGAUAUGUUGGUUAACAAUGGUACUGAAUAUGGUGAUCCAAUAACGGUAAAAUAAUGACGUUAUCGAGGAUGCUAUUACUUGCCAUAACUCAGAUAUGAGGACAAAAGCGAUGGCAUUGGCUACUCAAGUGAAGCUGUCAUCCCGCGUUCCUUCUAUCUCAGAGUGAGUAUGUUCAAGUGUUUUCGGUCUCAGUGUGCAAUCUGUUUCUAUCUUGAAAUAGUUCAUCUAAUAUUUUCUUUCCGCCCGUACAAGCUUUUUGUUGGCAAACAAAUUAAAUCUCGAUGGAAUCUCUUUGGGUUUUCA